AUGCUGAAAUACGUUUGGCGAUCGUGGUUGACAGUGAUCGGCUGGUUGCUGGUGCUGGUGCUGCAGAGCGGCUGCCAGAACUGGUGUGCGACGCGGUCCCUCUUUCCGGUGCAGGGCCUGUGUGUGCCCGUGUCCAAAUGUUCCUCGAUCAAGUGGUUCCUGCUGCGGCUUCAGUUCUGCUCGUCGUUCGAGUACGAAGCGUUCCUGUGGGAGCGCGCCUGCAACUUUGGACGAGACGGGACUCUGCAUGUGUGCUGUACGGGGAAGAAUGGGCACGACGAGCGCAAACCGGAGCUGCCGAUGGAAAGUAUCGGCUCUUGCUCCCAGGAGUGCGUCCCCAUCGAGAACUGCCCGGCGGUGUACGAGCGGAGUGCAGUGCUGCAGAAGCGGUAUGAUCGUCGGCUGCACAAACGACUGCAGCGAAGCUUUUGCUACGAGGAAGCCGGCCAGCUGUACGUGUGCUGCGAUCCGGACCAUUUCGUCAGCCACGAGAGCAUCGGGGCGCAGCUGAAGAAGCGCGUCAGUUGGCAGUCCUGCAAGACGCCGUUCGGGGACGACGGGAAGUGCGUUCCACCGGCCCGCUGCGCCAUGGUGGACGAUCCGAGCACGCUGACGUCGGAGCUGGAGGCGUUUCAGGUGGGGUGCGAUCCGGUCAAGGGUCAGCCGCACCUCUGCUGCACCGCCUCCCAGCUCGUGUUCGACCAGGAAACGGGCAAGGAGUGCGAAACGGACACGGGCCAGCCGGGUGUGUGCUCGGAGGCAGAACGGUGCCUAGAUUUUAUCGAAUCCGGCGAAAAGGAUAUGUACGUGCGCCGGAACUGGUGCUACACGAGCCUGCAGCAAGUCGACUAUCUGUGCUGUGCGAAGGACCGCAUUAAGGAAGCUCCGGUGAUCGAGUUUGGGGAACGAGCGGGAGAGGAUGCACCGACGUGCCGGACACCGAUGAACCGGGCCGGGCUGUGUGUCCCGUUGGCGACGUGUCCACUGGUGGUCAGAUUGUUGCGUGAUAUUUCGGCUCGCGGAACGGCACCAUCGGCCGACGAGGCGAUGUUCCUGCGAAGCGCCAUCUGUACCGCGCCGAGUGGGUCCACCGGGUAUCAUGUGUGCUGCGAGGCGACCACCGUGCUCACGACAACGACGCCGGCUCCUGCUCCGGCUACGACCACUGCCAGGCCGGCGUCGACCGUCUUGAGUCACCCGAAUAUGCGCCUGUUUGACCGCAACAACUGUGGUAUUUCGGAGACCGAGAAUAAGAUCGCUUUCGGGCAGCGAGCGCACCUGUUCCAGUAUCCUUGGAUGGCCAUGAUCGUGUACACAUCGGCCACAUCUGACAGCGAUAGCACCGAGUGCGCCGGAACCAUCAUCAACAGCCGCUACGUCCUGACGGCUGCCCACUGCAUCGAUGGACAGAUGGAGCGAUUACGUUACGUACGCAUCGGGGAGUUUGACACCAGGACCGAUCCGGACUGCGAGGAUGACACGUGUGCGGCGCCCAUUCAACGAUACGGUGUAGCGGAAGCCCGAUUCCAUCCAAACUUUACCCGCAUCGUUCGCUCCGGCCACGACAUCGGCCUGCUAAGACUGAACCGUACGAUAGACUUCAGCACCGGGGACGUAGUGCCGGUGUGUUUGCCCUUCACCACCGGACUGAUGGGCUUCGAUCCGACGAUGUACUGGAUCACCGGCUGGGGGCUCACGGAGCGGCUAGAAGUCAGCCCGGUCCUGCUGCAGGCACGGAUCCCCUCGGUGGCGUGCAGCUUGAGCAACUACGCAAUCUGCGCCGGGUACGGCAACGCUACGCUGCAUUGCGAAGGCGAUUCCGGUGGACCGAUGAAGGCACAGGUGCCCGAGUACAACUUCCGCUACGUGCAGUACGGUGUGAUCUCGGCCGGGCCCCGCUGCGGUGCUUCCGGUGUUCCGGGCAUUAGCUCGCGCGUUUCCUACUUCAUGCAAUGGAUCCUGGACAACAUAAAAGCGUAAUACCAAAAUGCCAUUAAAAUCGUUCGACGAACGCGACUCGGUAUAUGCUCAGAUAAGCUGCAGCGCUCGGUUGGGCUUAGGUAAAAGGCUCGGUUAGGCUUCGGGGAGCUUCAUGUCUAGCCCAGGGAUGUUGAGGAAACAUUUCGCGCACAAUAAAAAAGGACACCGUAUUUUGAAAGCUCCGCUGUAGUGUUAAAACGGUUGUGUGUUUAGGCAUUGUAAGCAGUUUCAUGUUAUCCUUCAGAUCUUUGCUGACCGUCUCAAGUAUU